AUGGCAUCAACCAUUUCAUUACAAUCAGGUACAGGCGGUAAUGAUGGUUAUUGUAAUGAUUAUAAAAUAAAUUUAAAAUUAGAUGCAAAAGUGUUACUAGUUACGGCUGAACAUCGUUUAACAAAACAACUUCAUAAUAAUGAAUUUGGCGAUGAAGUUUGUGGAGAAAUGACUGGUGGUCUAUGUACAACGAAAGAUCAAUUGUACGAACUAUUACAAGAUUUAUUAGCUAAUAAAUGUGAAAUAAAAGAAGAUAAAGUUAGACAAACAUUAGUCGCCGAAAUUAGAGAAAAUAAUAAGCUUCAAUUGCGUAUGAAUGUUGUUAUAUCAUUCGGAAAAACUGAGUCACGUAAAUGGGAUGUUAGUAUUCCACUCAACAAAGUUCAAUUCAAUGAUAUUGAACGACUUGAAAGAAUAAUCAAGGAUUUAUGUCAUCGAAUAGAAGAUUUAGAAUAUCGUGUUGUACCAUCUAGUCAAGCAAAAAUUUUAAAAAAUUUUAAAUUUCAAACACCUAUUGCUGGUACGUUCACAUUAUCAGGUAAUAAUGAAACAUGUACAUUACCAUCACAAGCUCAUAGAGAAAUAAGUGUAGACCAACCGUUUAACGAUGUACAUGAUCGUUUUCAGAAAAUUUCAUUUUUAUUUAAUACCGCAUUGGCCGGUAAUGAAUAUAUUGGUAUAAUGCAAGGUUCAUCAACAAAUGGACAAUCAGCUGCUUCAAUGCAAACGGAUAACGCAUGGUUUUUGCGUGCUUAUAAUGGUACUAUAUUUUCAAAACAAUUACAAUAUAAGGCAUAUACACCCUACAUUCCCGCAAAACAAGGUUCAAUCGUAAGCAUUAUAUUAGAUACAGAAAAUAUGUAUUUAGCAUUUGCUGUGGAUAAUGAAUGUGACCGAUGGGCAUUUCGACUACCAAAAACGGUAAAGCCAAGUGAACUAUAUGCAUUAGUUAUUUUAUAUUCUGCGACUGAUACCGUGACCAUUAUACAGAAUGAAUAA